AUGAUAUAUUGUUCCAGUAACCGAAAGGGAAAAGCAAGCAAGAGAGAGAUCUUCUUUUUCUUUAUUUCCCGCGCUUUAAAUCCAGCUUUUUUGUUGUUUUUGUAGUUUAGCUUAGCCCACCUCUAUCUCCGGCUCCAAUCCGUGAGUCAAAAUUUUGUGUCUACUUUUCUUUCUUAUCAGAUAGCGCAGUCACUUGUUGCAAUCCCCAGAACCUUUUCUUUCUUUAAUUUUCUCUGACAAAAGAUCACUCAAAGAAUUUCUUGCCCAAAACCCCAUCCACAGUUUCCAUUUAAUUUCCUUCUAAAAUUAUGGAGACAAUUAAAUGUAGAUCACUCCCAAACAACAAGAGCAAGAUAGCAAGAACAAUCCAAAAGGUUAUCAACCUCAAGACUGCAACAAGAAUUGCUUCAAAUAAUGGGAUUGGCAUUUGCUUGCUAACACCUCACAAGAAAUUUGAUCAAGAUGAUUUAGACACCACCUGCAAACCUCAAAACAGUACCGAUAAUCACAAGCAGAAAGAUGCUAAGGCCAAGCGCAGAGCAAUCUUGGAGGCCUUGUUGGCAAAGCUAUUUGCAAGCAUCACUACGAUUAAAGCAGCUUAUGCAGAGCUACAAAUGGCUCAAAACCCUUAUAGUGGUGAUGCUAUACAAGCUGCAGAUCAGGCUGUUGUUGAUGAGUUGAAACAAUUAUCAGAACUUAAGCGUAGUUUUUUCAAGAAUGAGCUUGACCUUUCACCCCAGGUUACUAUGAUGCUGGCGGAGAUUCAAGAACAACAGGGCUUAAUGAAGACCUAUGAGAUCACAAUCAAGAAACUGGAAGCAGAUGUUGAGGUUAAAGUUUCAGACAUUUGUUCACUCAAGAAACAGCUUGACGACGCUAUUGCAUUUAACAAGUCAAUUGAGAAGAGACUAAAUGCAAGUGGGCCUCUAUCAAUGUUUGACAACAUUCAGUUUUCACUCCUAAACCCAACCCAUUUUUCUCAACUCUUGCAUUAUACUUUAAGAUCUAUGAAGAGUUUUGUGAAAUUAAUGGUUCGAGAAAUGGAGGUAGCCCACUGGGAUAUUGAAGCAGCUGCAAAAGCAAUUGAACCAGAAAACAUUGUUUUUGCAAAGCCAAGCCACAGGUGCUUUGUCUUCGAAUCUUUUGUGUGCAAAACGAUGCUUGAAGGUUUCAAUCAUCCAAACGAAGAGCAUCAGAGUGAAUACUACUACUUCAUUGAAUUCAAAAAGAUCAAAUCUGUAAACCCAAAACAGUUCUUGACUCUUAAUCCAGACUCAUCAUUUGCAAGACUCACAAGGGCUAAGUAUCUUCAACUUGUCCAUGCAAAAUUGGAGUGCUCUCUGUUUGGGAAUUUAAACCAGAGAAAGCUAGUGAAUUCUGGAGGAUUCCCAGAUUCUGCUUUCUUUAACGCAUUUGUUGAGAUGGCUAGAAGGGUAUGGGCCUUGAAUCUCUUAGCUUUCUCAUUCGGCGAGGAUGUCAGUAUUUUUCAAGUAAGCAAGAAUUGCAGAUUCUCUGAUGUCUACAUGGAGGCUGUAACACAAGACUCAGAAAUAGAAAAUCCCAAUUCUGAUACUGAUCUCCGGGUGGCUUUCACAGUGGUUCCUGGAUUCAAGAUAGGCAAAACUGUGAUACAGAGUCAAGUGUACUUGUCUCCGGUAAGUUCUUGACGUGUUUUUUUUUUUUCCCUCUUUAGUAUUGUAUAAUUUUGUAAUAUAAUAUUGGACAGAAAAAAUAAUCUAGUGAUUGUCGGGGAAAAAAACUCGGUUUAUGGGAGACCGAUCAAAUUAUUUAGCCAAUUUUAAUCGAUUUGGUCAAAUAUAAACUGAGUUGUCAUAUCAAACCCUGUUGUAAAAAAAGACGGUGAUAAGUUCAUGUGCUCUAGCUAGUGCGGUUUUGAAGUGGGGCUUCUCAAAUCUGUCAAAGAUUUGAUCUUCACUUGAAAAGUCCAGUUAGUCAGGUAAACAUGGAGGUGCGUGAGGUGGCGCGUGGGUUUAACACGGUGCAUGUACCUUGUUGCAUAUAUGUGGACCCACCCACCUUUGAAAUAUGGUGUAUGUUCAUGCCGUUGUAUUAUUGUAAUAUAAAACCAAAUGGUGCGAGGAGAGAAAUUAUCUUCAUUAAUUUUGUUAUGUAUGUUAUAAGGUCAAGAUUUUUUAAGCGAAAAUGCAUUGCAUCGUGACUUAAGAACAUUUGCUCUUGGUUAUGGGAUCAUAGACUCGUAGCCAUGGAGAAUCUGGCAAGAAUGGUGGUGUUUGCUAGCUGUUGGGUUACGAAUAGCUUCCUUUGCGGCGCUUUCAGGUAGGGCCAAGCACUGCCAAGCAUUAGGUUACAGACAUAAAAUGCCAUAUUCUUUUAGUCAGGUGGGCUAAGAGGCUCAGGCCAUAGAUAGAAAUUCUGAGCAGUGAGAAUGGUUCACGAGUUGAGUGUAUAACAUUGCAUGCAUCUGCUUGUCUGCAAGCUAACUUGCAGUCCCUUUCUUCUCGUGACCAGAAACCAAGUGACAUAACUCUAAUUGUGUUAACCA